AUGACGCGUCCUGGACGCGUCAAAUUUCUUAGUCGUCUGGGACACAUUUUUCUUUCCUUAAAAUUGUGCUAUGAAAUAAUUGUCGGGCAAGGGCACUCGAUUGAUGACAGGCGGUGUCGCCGCUUGAGAAUUAGAGCGUAUUUCCCAAUAAUCAAUACCCAAGCUGAGCCUCUUGGAAAGAUUUUUCAGGUAAUUCCACCACUAAAUGCCUUCUCCAAGACAAAAUUUUGCUUGAAAUCGACUAUCCUCUUCGGACUGGGCUGGAUGUCACAUUGGCUCACGUUAGCUGGGGAGACCGCCCAAAAUCGGAUCAGCCGCCGGCACAAAUUUCUCGGCCUGGGUUUGGUUCGGGAUUCUCCGCUUCCACGUGACUCACGUCUAUCACUUUCCCCGAGUUUUCAGCUUCUGUCUUACAAGUCGUCUUUGAAAUCAUACAUCCUGCCCUCGAUAUGAGCAGAGUAGUAUUUGUUGGCAAUGUGCCGUAUAACAUGGGUGAACAAGCCCUCAUUGAUCACUUCAAGACCGUUGGCCAGGUUGUGGGAUUCAGGCUCGUUUUUGACCGAGAUACUGGGAAAGCGAAAGGAUACGGAUUCUGUGAAUUUGCCGACCAUGAAACCGCCUUGUCUGCUGUCCGAAAUCUGAACAACGCCAACGUUGAAGGGCGCCCGUUGCGCAUCGACCUUGCCGACUCCGAUCCGUUUCUUGAGGGCAAGACAACCGUGAAGGGAGAGAUAUUGGACUCGGGCAUGCCGGGACCGAAUGAACCCAGUAGAAAUCGUGGAAGUGGGCUCGAAGGGAGCGAGAUACUGGCUUCCAUUCCGCCAGGGAAGCGUCUGGAGAUGGGACAAAUCGCGACAGAGUACAUCACCGAAUUCAUCGCUCAGAUGGAUCGUGCACAGUUGUAUGAGGUGCUAGCACACAUGAAGGCAUUCUCCAUCACGCACCCCAAGCACGCUCAGCAGUUUCUCUCGCACCACCCUCAAGUCACGUAUGCCAUAUUCAUGGGUCUGAUCACGACCAAAAUACUGCCGGAAGAAGUCUUACAGCGCAUGAUUGCUGCCAACGGCCCGAACCGAAAUACGGGCCCAGCAGGGCCCCCGCAUCCGCAAAUGCCGCCGCAAGGCUACAACCAGCAGCGGCCGCCCUCCGGAUUCCCAAUGGCACAACCCCCGAUGCAACAGCCCCAGCCUGUGCACGGCAACAUGAUGCCCCCAGGCGCGACGAUGUACCCCCCUCCGAUGCACAUGGUACCCCCCACGGGAAUGCCGCCCGGCGCUGCCGCUGCUGCUGGUGCCCCGCCGUACUUCAGGCCACCGCCUGCGGCACAGCCUCCCCCAAUGCAGCCGCCGGCGCCGGCAAACGGUGUGCUCGACCAGCUGCAGAACUCCGGAGCCGGAUUUGAUACCCAGAUGUUGAUGCAGAUCAUAAGCAAUUUGACUCCUGCGCAGAUUAGGGACUUGCCUGAAAGUGAGCGGGCGACGUUCGAGUCGCUUAGCGCAAUGCUGAAUGCAGGGGGUGUGCCCAGGACUUGAUUUGACUGACUACCAUCUAUCUACCUACGCGUAUUUCAAACAGAUAUCUGUGAUUGCAAUGUCUCGGAUCUGCACAAAAGCGUAUAUAGAAUCAAGAAAGCAACAAAAUCGGUGCGUGUGUAUGUAGAAUGCGGUCGAUACGAUAGAAAUAAAGGCGAGCGAGUAUGCGUUGUAGUAUUGGUCGGCGGAAAGCGUCCAUGACCGCCCAUUUUGUGCAUGAGAAACUUGCAACCCCGUAUAUAGCUGAGCGGAAAAUGGAGAAUGACAUUCC